AUGGCAAGUUCUGCUUCCCUGGAGACGGUGAUGUCCUGCGGUAGGACAGGGCCGUCUGCGGCUCCCAAGACCCUCGCCUUCUCCAUAGACCGGAUCAUGUCCAAGAACUCGGAGCCGAAGGGGAGCACGGAGGAGCGGUCCGAGGGGAAGAAGCUGCUGGGGCUCUGCUCCCCGAUCCCCUGCAUGUUCCCGCUGCAGCCUUUCAGCUACGAUCUGCAGGCCAAGGCGCUGAUGAACUACUCGGAGCUGUGGAGAGCCAGUUUCAGGGGGACUUUUUGCAGUUCCGCAGCCGCGCCGUGCAAAGGGAACUGCGGCAUGUGCGGCAAAGCUGAGCCGGGCUUGAAGCAGCCGUUGCUGACGUCCGGGAGCAGGGUGGUGAAACCGCAGGUCAUCCACCAGGCCAUGGCCGUGCCCAGCGGCGGCUCGCUGUACUAUCUCAACUACCUGGACUCCGCGUACCAGCAGUCGGAGCUGUUGGCCGGACACUGGUUCUCCAACUCGCAGGCCCAGGCCUCUCUGUCGGCGCACCACAGACUUUUGCUGCUGGAGAACGCCAAACUUGCUGGAGUAGGGUCCGAGAAGCUGCCCACACCGCAGUACCCGCACAAGGAACAUCUGCCGGGGCAGCUGGACCAGAUAGUGAAGGAGAACAACGGCCUGAGCGCCGAGAAGAACGGCGUCAAGACGCACAUCAAACUCAGCAGCAGCUGCACCAGCGCUGCAGACGGGAAACCCAAAAACUUCACUUGUGAAGUGUGUGGAAAGGUUUUUAACGCGCAUUACAAUCUGACCAGACACAUGCCGGUACACACCGGAGCCCGGCCCUUCGUGUGCAAAGUGUGCGGUAAAGGGUUCCGCCAGGCCAGCACGCUGUGCAGACACAAGAUCAUCCACACGCAGGAAAAGCCUCAUAAAUGCAACCAGUGUGGGAAGGCGUUCAACAGGAGCUCCACGCUCAACACGCACGUCCGGAUUCACGCCGGCUACAAACCUUUCGUCUGUGAGUUCUGCGGGAAAGGUUUCCACCAGAAAGGAAACUACAAGAACCACAAGCUGACGCACAGCGGGGAGAAGCAGUACAAGUGCUCCAUCUGCAACAAAGCCUUCCACCAGGUCUACAACCUCACCUUCCACAUGCACACACACAACGACAAGAAGCCCUUCACCUGCGCCACCUGCGGCAAGGGCUUCUGCCGCAACUUUGACCUGAAGAAACACAUCAGGAAGCUGCACGACGGGGUCUUCACAGCGCCCACGGAGGCCUCCAGAGAGAGGGAGCUGCAGAGCUGA